CGCUCAGCAUCAUAUACAUAUAUUGAAUUGAUUUGAUGAAAUGUAACUACACAAAACAGUCAUAGAGCAAAAGAGGCAAUUGGCUUAUUUAUUGUGUUAAACAUGCGACAGCAAUCAACAAAAACUGAACGCUAUAAUGAGGCAUAUCAGCGAACAAAUAAUAUCGCCAAUAACAAUAACAAUCACCAAACAAACGACUGCUAUUGGAAUGAGCAUCACUUAAGCAAAUAGAAAAUCAACGCGACCAAAAUCAAUACAAAAUCAAUAGAAAUAGCUGGGAAAAUUUACUGUCAACAGCGAAGGACGACGACAACAAAAGCAGCGUGGUGAUAAACGAGACAAACAAAAGGCAACAAGAUAAAUAAACUCCAUUUCAAAUGGGUGGCAAAAACGGAUCUAAUGGCCAUGGCGGUGGAGGUGGCGGUGGAGGAGGAGGAAGUCUCAACUCUUCCAUUUGCAAUUCGGUGCUUACAAAUGCAACGACAGCGAGCAACAGUCUUAGCCAACAGCAGCAGCAGCUUCAGGCCAAAUAUAUCAAGUCGAAACGACAUCAGAGUCGCUAUAGCAAUCUGCAGCAUUCUGGUCACGAUUCCAGCAGCUAUCUGCAUCUCAAUUCGCUCUGGUCGAUAUGGUACGGAGUGUUGUUAACACUCUUUCAAGGCUAUUUGGCUAUGCAUGGCGCCUACAGGUUCCUUGGCUGCUCGCUAAUCCCCUGGAAGAUUGAGCCCGUUGGCGAACUGAAUCUACAGAUUGUGCUCUCCGGCGUAGUUUUUAUACUGCUGCCCGUGUUCUUUACAUCGGCUGUGUUUAAGGUUGGCAACUUGGCAAACGAUGGCAUCAAAUUGGCAACUGGCGCCAAGGAGCGACGCUGCACUCUGGCACCGCACGAUGGCCUCGAGGAGGAGGCACGCGGCGGCACAUUGCGCGCUCUGUGGACACACGGCGGACCGACAGCGGCUUUUGUGCACAUCCUCAUCGCGUUGUGUUUGCUUCUGCCGCGACUAUUGCUCGAGGCGCGCAUCAUUGAGAAUGGCCUGUUGCCGAAAGAGCAAGUUUGGGCCACAGAAUUGGACUUUGUUGUUAUCAAUAGACGCAAUUUGAUGGCCAUGUCUGUGGUGGGGCCAACGUCGCCCUAUCAAAAGCAGCACCAACCACAGCAACAACAGCAUCCGCCAAACGUAACCGCAAACAGUUUGGAGCACGAUGAGGAGGACUACACCUACAACGAUACGAUGUUCACAGCAAUUCGAGGCAACGGCAACAGCAUCAAUAAUAAUUUGUUCCAGCUGACACGUGAUAAGGAUGGCACUAAUGGUAGAAAGGCGGCCAAGACGACGGUAACAACAACUAAGACAACAACAACAACAACAACAUCGGCAGCAGCAGCAGCUGGGGGAACAAAUGCGGGUGCCAUGGGCAAGACAAGAUACUUUGAAGUGCCCGAUUUAAUUAAUCGAGAUAUUGAUGAGGAGAACGAGGAGCUGGAUGAGCGUGAACGCCAAGAGCUGGAGGAGGCGGCCAUUGAUGACAUUGAUGAAGCCAACAAUGAUGAUGAUAACGCCAAUGAUGAUGAUGGUGUUGUUGCCAUUGGCAGAGAUGAGGGCACUAUUAUAAUGCCAGACUUUGAGGCGAGCAAUGAGUUUGUGCUGCCGAGAGCGACAACAACAUCCAAAUUGGGUGCUGAAAAUUGGCAAAAACUGGGCACAUUGGACAAAGCAGCUAGCAAGACAACUACAAUAGCCACAAGCAGCAGCAGCAGCAGCACAACGACCGCAAAGGCAACAACAACUAGCUCGACAUCAACAACAACUUCGACGACAACAAGCACAACAACAACAACAACAACAGCAAGUCCCAGCACAACCACAAUGCCAAUUGGCAACAAGCAGCAGCCACAGCACCAUCAUCACAAGAACAAUCGUAAGCACCACAGCAAGCAUCACCACAAACAGCGACAACAACAGCAGCAGCAGCAGGAACAAACGCGUCGCCAUCACGUGGCCUCACAUGAGCAAGCGUUGCUAGAGACUUACAACAACAACAACAACCAGCAGGAGGAGACGACGACGCGCGACAGCAGCAUCCAUCGAGUCCGCACCGAAAUGCUGCCCGAUGUCAUCAUACCCUCGACCCCGGUUUCGAGCAACUCCAAGAUUAUUGCCAUCAAACCGAAGACACAGAAGCGUCGCAUCAACAAACGUGCAGCUGCCAAAUCUGGUGUGGAAAUCGAACCCGAAUAUUUGCUCAGCUCCAGUGAAUUUAUCGCCAAGUCGAGCAACGAGCAGCAGCAGCAGGAGAACGAAGAUCUUGAUAUUGAUCUGGAUGAUACGGAUUUCCAGGCUCUGCCCGCUGUAACACCAGCAACCAGCUCUUCAGGCAGUAGCAACAACAACAACAAUAAUCCGGAAUUUGUACGUCUCGAUGGUUUUGCGGGCAUGUUGCAACUCUUCUUUGGCAUCGAUAAGCCCAUCGAUGUAAACAUCUUUGCCCAGCCACCGAGCGCAGAGUUCGUGAACCUCUUGUGUGCGCUGCUCGUUUGGUCUGUGCGCUAUCCGGCCGUGUUUUGGAAUACCUCAAAGUCCUUUGCCUGUGUCUUUAGUCUGCAGAUGAUUGUGGCCGCUUUGGACAUUGUGCUCGGCUAUGUGGGCGUCUCAAAUCUCUACAAGCUGCAAAUUUACGCCGAGAUUAUGCCUGUCCAUCAGCCAGGACUCAUACUGAAUGCCACCGUCACAUUGGCUCUCUACUUGCUGGCCACCGCUUUGGUGUUGGCCUCCUCGAUGGUUAUGUAUCUAUACGGACAUGGCAGAUUAGCAACGCGUAUGCGAGAUCGUUCCAUCAUCACGCUGAAGGCGAGUCAAUCUUGGAUUUACUUUGCUCAUUGUGCUUCGUUGUGCUUUGUGCUGGCUCUGGCUGUGGUCAAGGCGCCGCUGCUCAACGAUCUCAGCGCCACCUACAAGAACAAUCUGCAUUGUCCCACUUUUCUGGCAGCUCUCGUGGGCGUUACGCAUCUGUUGCUAUGGAUUGUCGUCUGGCUGUGUCUGAGCAUCAAACGGCGCUGGCAUUUCAAGCUGCCACCACUGGAUCACACAUAUGGCGGGCUUUUGAACAAGGGCAGUGCCCAGCCGCUGCUCAUGUCGAGCGGCCAACGGACGGGCAGUAAUUCGAGUAGCGGUGCCAACUCGACAAGUACCACAGUUAAUGGCACUGACAACUCUAAACCGGAUAUGAUGAGCACGGCGACCAGCACGGAAUUAGGUGGCAUGGGUCUUGUGGCACAGGAGGAUAUCUAUUGGCCAAAGUUGACGCCCAGCUCGCCAAAGCUGAAGGUCACCUUCAAUGAAGUUACGAGUACGUCUGAUGAUGUCCUACUAAUUGGUGACCAAGAACAAACUGAUGGCAAGCGCCAUACGGGCCGUGGAACCUCGCUAUGUUUUGCCAGUUCUACGGGGGAAAUUGACGACGGCGAGUACGCGACAUUAAGGGCGGCAACCGCCGGCGCCGUUGUGGGCAUCACCAUGGGCAGCAUGAAGACCACAAUAACGGUUGGCGGUGUCACCAGCGGCGGCGGCGUUGGUGCCACUGGCGGUGGCAGCAUUAACGGCCUACUACAUCUCAGCGAAUAUGAUGAAUUGCCACCACCACCAACGAGUCAGCAGCAACAACAACAACAACAACAACUGCAGCAACAUCAUCACGCUCUUGGUCAUGCCCACGAUUAUGCUAAUCUGAGUGGCUUGGGCGGCAUCAGUGAUGAUAAUAUCUCUGAGGAGGGUAAAUUGUUGGCCUGUGUGCGCGAUGAUAGCAUCACGUAUGCCUCCACACGCGAUCUGGAACCACCGCAGCAGCAGGCAACGCCUCCGCCGCCGCCACCUCCGCUGCCCAUGAAGGGUGCCCCGAUGCCACAGCCACCCAACUUGCCGCAACCACAUGCCAGCUACGGACGCGCUCCCCAAGCCAUGCCCGAGAUCAUGCAAAUUUCACCCGAACAUCACAAGUCGCCGCAACUGCAGCAGCAGCAACAGCAUCAGCAGCAACAGCAACUGCCACCGCACCAUCAACAGGCAUUGCAGCAUCCACUGCAACAGCAUCCAUAUCCACAUCCGCAUCCGCUUCAGCAACAGCAGCAUCAUCUAGUCAGCCCAUUGGCUCCGGUCACGGUCGCCGUGCACACCAACGAGGCGCAUAUCGCCUCCAGCUCCACACCCCGCUGUCUGCGUCGUGCCGACUCUGGCGUGCCAAAUGAGGCGCUCACGCCACGCAGCGAUACCAAUUCGAUCUCGGAGAGCACCAAUACCACCUCGCCACCGGAGCGUGCCCCAUCCGAAUCAUCGAGCGGCGUCCAUUCGGGCGAAGAGCGUGAACUGGAGGUUGUUAUACGACCACGGGUCAGCUGCAAGGCGCCGCCACGCCCUCCACAGCCGCCCAUCCAGGAGGAGCCCUACGGACGUUGCACCAACAUGCGCAUGUCCAGCUUCAAUGCUGACCCCUCUGCCGCCGCCGCCGCCACAGUCAUCAAUAGCGCCACGCUGCCUAUGCAACGCAGUGCACCGGAGCAGAAGUUCGACUAUACGGCCCAUUGCAGCACCAUGCCACUGCCGGUGGGUUGCCACAGCCAGCAGCUUGCCAGCAGUAACGGAAACAAUAAUGGUGGCUAUGCCUCCACUUCGGCCAUGAGCAGCUCAAUGGGGCCAUCGCAGGUGUCCAGCUUCAAGUCGCCGUCUAGCAUGCAUUAUGCCAAUGCUGCUGUUGCCCUUGGAUCAAUUCCACCAACAGCAGGAGCAGCAUCGCUGCAUGGACCACACACCACCUUGCCCAAUGGAGUACGCUACUCGAAUCCGCACUUUUUGCGCCGCCUGCCGCACGUGAGUAAGGCGGCCGAGUCGCCAUACGGACAUCUGGGCUAUGGGGCCGCACAUCAUGCCUUCAGUAAACUGCCACACGAGACGCAUCCAACCAUACCCGAGGAUCGAGAUUCGGCCAACUAUUCGAUGGCCUCGGAUCAGGACUGUGCGCUCUAUGUGACGGCGCAGCUGCACUAAACGCCGACUCGAAAAUGAUCAGCAUCAUUAGAUGUCAUUUAGUCAUAUACGAAACGAUUAGUCAGAAAACAUACAUAUAGUAUCGUAGUAUUGCAUAAAAGUCAGCAUAGGUAUUAUCUAUAUACAUAUAUGUAUCUGUAUCUCUUUAAUCCUAAGUGUAUAGAAUGCCUCAAAUCUUAAAUCUUCCAUAUUCACAGCACAAUUUAUUUGGAAUCAGUUGUUCGAUUAAAACUAAUUCCAAAAACUAAACUCCCCAGCCCAAGUUACAAUAUGAUUUGCCGAUCUAAUGUACUAGUAUAUAUAGCACAAGUCCCACGCAUAACUUUAAGAUAUUAAGGCGAGAAAGAAACUGUACGAUCUAUAGAUCUAUGCAUACUAAAUACAACUCUAUAUUUAUACACAAUGUGUAAGAUAAUAAGCGAUAUUAGUUAUCGUAUUGUACGUGUGCGUGUUUAUCAUAACAUCUAUACGAUAAUAUAUACUAUAUAUGUAUACUUAAACUAUGCAUAAUAUCUACAAACUACAACUAAAUCUAAAACUAAAUCUAAGCCAAGAGCAUGCAUAACUUUAAAUACUUACUUAUUAUCAAGUAAUCACAGACAAUUUUUUCGCCCCCGUUAAAUUGUAAUUCCAAAACGAAAAACAAAAAGCAGAUGCAUACGAAUUUAAGCAGCAAUUAUAUGGUUUUUAUAGCAUUGUAAAGUGAAUAUGAAUUGAACUACUAUCCCCGAUAGACAUACAUACGGUAUUCGAUAUGUAUUCGAAAUAUAUAGAAAGCAUUAGCAACGCUUCAGCUAGUCGUCGUAGAGUUACGAUUAAAUUAACUAAGCUUCAGCAUAUGUAUUUUUAUGAUCUGGUCUCUCGAACGUCUAAGAUUAAUGUAAAAUGUAAUGUAACAAAGCGACAAUAUGAAAAUAUCAAAUGUAUCAUAAAUGACAAACUAUUGUACGGAAUUAGUUAAUAUUUACAUAUAUUAUAUAUCAUCUGGAAUACAUAUUCUUACGCAGAACUCACGGACUCUACAAAGCACUCCCCAUACAUAUCUUCCCCAAAGAAAGAAUACAAGAUUCUAAUCAAGACUUUAAACUCGCUUUUAGAAAACAAAAAGAAAAAAACCAAUCAUGCCAUUUAACUUUACUAAAUAUUUAAAGACAAAACAAAAAUUGAAUACUUAAAUAUAAUUCCUAUAUAUGGCACUCACACAGUCAACACAUUUAUUGUGAAUUUUAAAGCAUCGUUUUGAUUUUUGUUAUAAAGACUGAUUAGUAUUGUAAUACCAAGAAGCAGACCCAAACACAACAGCACAAUCACCCUUUUCAAUUUUCACUCUACGAUUAUAUACGAUUUCACAAACCUUAUGCAUUAUAUGAUUCUAGAUGAAGUUAGGCCAUAAACUUAUUUAAAUUAAUAUAAAAAACAUUUAACAUUGGUUCCUUUAAGAAACGCACUAAAGCUUAACCGAGAGCAUUAGACAGAUAUUUAAGUCACACUUUUGUAACAUAAUUUCGAUUCAAUUUAAGAUUAACGAUAUACAUAUGAAUAUAUCUAACAUGAAUACUAAGUAUGCCCAAUUCAGAUAUGACAAAAUAUGUAUGUAUUUAUGUAUUUGUCUAAUCAUGGUCAUAUCUAUUGUAAGUCUAACUAACCAAGCGAGUAUAUUGUAAAUGAUUGAAAGAAGAAUGCCGCCAAUGAUCCCAAUGUGACACGACACAUGCAUCUAUAAGUAUAUAUGCAAAUACGAGUAUAUUUAUUACAACAACACAUUAAUAAGCAAAUGUCAAAUCUUAAAUGUUUGAAUUAUUUAUACAUACCAUAUAUGAUUAAAGGUUUAUCAAUGGUAAAUAAAGAAAUACCACCGCUUUAUGUGAAA